ACUGUGACUGCCUCUCUCCCACAGGCUCCUGGAGGUGCAAGAUGACUCUCUUUGAUGGCAUCUACCCCUUCUACCUGCAGCAGAGGAAGGUUGCUGUGUUGGAUGUCAGCACCAUCAUAGUGAUCGUGGUCUUCCUAACAUUCACCUGCAGCUUCCUGCUCAUCAUCCCAGGCAUCCGCGGCCGGGCGAGGGUGUACUGGACUCUCCGGGUUCUCCUCAGCCUCCUCGUGGGAGUGGUGAUCGUUGCUGUCCAGUUCACAGGGGACUGGGAGACCGGCUGGGUGACAGCAAACACCUCCUACAAGUCCUUCAGCCAUGCCAUGAUCAACGCGGACAUUGGGCUGCAUGUUGGCCUGGCGGGGGUGAACAUCACACUCAUGGGAAACCCAGUGAAUCAGAUCAACGAGACCAUCGACUACAACGAGUACUUUUCCUGGAGCUUUGAUGCAGACUAUGACCACAGCUACAAUGACGGCCUGGAGAGGGGGCUGCCCAGCCCCAUCCUCUAUGUGGCAGAGAAGUUCACCACGCACAGCCCCUGCAGCAUGCACAGGCAGUACCGCAUCUCUGGCCACUACUCAUCGGCCACUCUCUGGGUGGCCUUUUGCACUUGGCUUAUCUCCAACAUGCUCUUCUCCAUGCCUGUCCUAGUCUAUGGAGGCUAUAUGCUCCUGGUCACAGGGGCCUUCAUGAUCUUUUCGUUGCUCGCAUUCUCCACUGUGAGGAACUCCUCGAUGUGCCUGAUCCAGUUUGGGACCGCAACCCUGCACGUUAGCUACGGGGGAUCUUUCUGGCUCACACUAGUGAUUGGCUUGCUCUGUUUUGUGGCUGGAAUCACUGUUGUUGUGCUGCACUACUUCAACUUGGACCUAUUGAAAACUUUCUUUGAUCUCCGUGAGGACAACGCAGAGGAAUGCCAGGAGAUGACUGAAGUGUAUGUCAAUACUCAUUUUGUGAACAAAAGACUGUGUCUUUCUGAGCCCUCCAAACUCAACCCCAACAACAUCUAGAAAAAUGUUUUUCCCACUCCUUCCCUGAGGGUGGGCCCAAAAGGGCAGAGAACAAACCCUUCUUGAUGUUCCCAGAGACCUAUUUCCCCAUCCAACUGCCUUUGAAGAGUGCACGAGUCCACAUUGGGAUGGGUACGUGCUGAGAAGUCCUGUUGCAGACUGUAUCUCCCCGACUAUGCCCUGGGAAAAGGGCAGGCUUUGCAGGGAGCUGGCAAGCUGCAAUCAGAGCAGCUCACAGCUCCAGCCACUUGAGCUGCCCACUCACCUGGAGAUCUCUGUCCCAGAAGAAAUGCCCUUCCUGCUUCAUGCCCUGACACAGCUUGGUGCAGUGAGUCUCUGAUGGCCAGUUCCCACACCAGAAACUGAUUUCUCACGGGGAGCACCUGUGACUCCAAAAGCCAGUGAUUAAACUUGCUCAUUUCUUCCCCAAGCACUGAUGUUUAGUGUCAACCUUUAGGCAUACCUUGGAAAGCCAGGCACUGACCCAGGCUCUGCUGGGCUGGAUGCUGCAUGAGCUAGGGUAAAAAAAAAAAAAAAAAAGCUGCUC